UGCGCCUUCUAAAACGUACUUCCGGCUGCUUCCCUCUCUUUCUCCCCUUCUCCGCCAUCGUGGUGUUUGCGGCGGCCGGCCAUCCUCGCCAUGUCUUCUCAUAAGACUUUCAGGAUCAAGAGAUUCCUGGCCAAGAAACAAAAGCAGAAUCGCCCCAUUCCCCAGUGGAUUCGAAUGAAAACUGGUAAUAAAAUCAGGUACAACUCCAAGAGGAGACAUUGGAGAAGAACCAAGCUGGGUCUGUAAGGAGUCGCACACGUGAUGGAACACAGAUUUACCCCUCUAUCAGGAUCCACUAGCAUUUUACCAUCUCAAGUUGAAAAUUUUGCCGUGAUCUGUACAGUUAACCAUGUAUUGGGAAAAUUCUAAUUUCUUUUGUUUUUUAUGCUUCUGCAUUAAGAGAUGGAUUCCACUAAUAAAUAUGUGAGACCUUUGCUUUGAA